CGAUCAUCUCGUUGCCGCAGAUCUUUUUAGCAAAAUUUCCGACCGAAAUGCUGCCAUUUAUUAGAUCUCUGGUGGACGAGCACGCUUGUACCUGCACAGAGCUAUCGAUGACUAUGAUCAUAUGACAUUUCACGGCACAGUAAGUGGGGCUCUAGUGACACUUCCUAGCCUCUGCUGGCGAAAACGACCAUGUCGAUCCCUUCUUUCAUUCCUAGCAGCUUUUUGCCAUACCUACCAAAAUCCACCACCUCCCUCUAUCCUCUUUCACCUCAAGAUCUACUUGGACACAUUGCGAUCUUGCGAGAACUCUACCUCCCGCCUAUACACGGAGGCUUUAAUGCUUCGGAUCUGAGAGAUUUGGCGGCGGAGGAGGAGGACGACGACGACGACGAGGAAGAUGAUAGCGGGAGCUCGAAGAAUGGGCUCAGAGUGACGGUUAAGAAGCUUGGAGGUCUUCACCUCGAUACUGGGUCCGAUGGUCUUGGCAAAGGGAACGACGAAAGCGAUGACGAUGGAUCUGAAGGAGCAGUAUCAAUGGACGAGAAUGAUGUCGAUGACGGUGCCGAAGCGGCGCAUCUUGACCCGUUCGAGAGAGAUUGGGCCACGAAAUGGUUGAGCGGAUUACUUCGACGUGCACAAUCAUGGAUGGAGGAGAGAGAAUCGGAAGAGUCGAUCGUGGACGAGCAUGGUACAGAGUACAGGGAUAUAGAGGCGGUGUUGAGGGACGCUACGGCCGUCAUGGCUAUGAUGGCUGGGACAAGUGCCGCUGGCUCUCUCACUCGCCAUCUCGUCUUCCCUGUUCAUCCUUCUCUAGCGCCUCAUAUCAGAGCCCUCAAUGCUUCGCUCGCUCCAACUCCUGCGAUGUCACCGGAGACAUCAAACUUUCUCACUUCUCUCGCUACAUCCCCUACGUCUCCUCUCGUCCCUUUUCUCUCUGCUCGAGAGAUGUCCUCAUCGCCAAAGACCAUUCGGAGACGCGCAAGCUCCGUGGCUCGAUCCACGCGAUCCCAGAAUGCCCUAUCGACUUCACCAGAAACAGUCCGAACGUUUGUCAGUACGAGCUCCGGACGCCGAUAUCGGAAGACUUCAAGACGGCGGGCAUUGAUCCCUGUUCUCCUGCACGAUGCCCCAAUGGCGGAUCACCUCAGUGUAGGCGUACAAACUUGGGGCAGUGCGAUCCUGCUCGGUCGAGAGAUCUCACUCCAUCCCGAUGAAUUUGAGUUGUUCCCGAAAGCUGGCUGUCGAGGUAAGAGGAUCCUCGAACUUGGAGCUGGAACAGGUCUCUUAUCGAUCCUGUGUCGCAAGCUCUUGACACUGCACGACUCGACUGUAGAGGUGUCACCGCCGCCUGAACAUUUAGUCCUCGCCACCGACUUUCAUCCGGACGUCUUGAACAAUCUCAAAGUCUGUGUGGAUCUCAAUUUCCCACCUCAGACUGGAUUGGUCGACAAUCCACCGGCUCAUGGCGUCGACAUUGCUCAAUUAGACUGGCGCGAGUUUCCGGCCGCGAUGGAGAAGAGGUUGAGUCAUGAAGCAGUGGUUAAGGACUCGUCGCUUGACAGCGGUACAGGAGCCAUGUACGACGAGCCUUUCGAUCUCGUAUUAGCUUCAGAUUGCGUAUACGAUCCAACACACUCGGAGCUCUUAUAUCAAGUCGCCAGUUGGGUUCUACGCCUCCCCGAUCCCUCCAUUCCUGGAGACGCAGGCGGGACAUUCCACAUUCUUUCUCCUCUACGGCCGACGUUCACACCAGAGAUCGAAUCCAUCGAUGUUCAUUUCCCAACGCAUCGAUCAUAUCGUGAUAGCAGUGAUCAGAAGGACGUCCCACCCUCUCUCGGUCUAGGCAGGAGCAGAGGGCUGCGCCUUGGAACGAGAGGAUCUGGCAAGCGUUCAGUCAGGGGAAAACGCGGCGAAGGCAGGACGGAUGAGGUCUUGGGAUACUGGUGGUGGGAUAUUGGCUGGGAAUAGCUCGAUCAAAAGACUCAGCAUGCCUUCGACAGGCCUGGUCGGCGAUGACAUGGCUAGUAUUCGGCUAAAGCUUGCUAGAUCGCUAAUGCCGUCUGAGACGGUUGGCAUUCGCUGUAUCGUUUCGAGCUCACCAGAAUACUGCUCAGUUUCCAAGGGUUCUAGAUGGUUGCCGCACCCUUUGUGCCCCACGCAUCCUUUGAGCCUGCAAUGGGCCAAAAGUUCACC